GGCCUUUACUUAAUUCCUUACGUAUCAUUUGCGUCUGUCUUCUCUAUUCUCUUGGUUCUUCUAAAUCCAGAUUAAGUCGGCGAUGGCGAAAGAGCUGGCGGAGAAAGCUAAAGAAGCUUUCCUAGACGACGACUUCGAUGUGGCUGUUGACUUGUACUCGAGAGCCAUUGACUUGGAUCCCAAUUGCGCCGAAUUCUUCGCGGAUCGUGCUCAGGCCAACAUCAAGGUCGGACGCUUUACCGAAGCUGUUGCAGAUGCAAACACAGCAAUAGAGCUGGAUCCAACACUCACAAAAGCAUACCUAAGAAAGGGCACUGCCUGUAUGAAGCUUGAAGAAUAUCGCACCGCUAAAACUGCCCUUGAAAAAGGUGCUUCCAUUGCGCCAAAUGAGCCAAAAUUUAAGAAGCUGAUCAAGGAAUGCAAUCUUCAGAUUGAAGAAGAAGACAAAGAUUUGGUUAAGUCAGUGUCACCGACUUUACCUUCUAGUUCAGUGCCAGCACCAGCAUCCAGUGUUUCCAAACCGAAAUACAGACAUGAGUUCUACCAGAAGCCAGAGGAAGUGGUGGUGACGAUUUUCGCGAAAGGGGUACCAAAACAAAACGUAAAUGUUGAGUUUGGCGAGCAGAUUCUGAGUGUUGUCAUAGAUGUUCCUGGGGAGGAUGGUUAUCAUUUCCAACCUAGAUUGUUCGGAAAGAUUAUACCAGAGAAGUGCAGAUACGAAGUAUUGUCAACUAAAGUAGAGAUCCGUCUCGCGAAAGCCGAUGUGAUCACCUGGACAUCCCUAGAAUACAGCAAAGCACCAGCGGUUGCAUUGAAACCAAACGUCGCAUCAGCCGCAAUUCAGAGACCGGCAUACCCGUCUUCUAAGGCGAUAAAAGACUGGGACAAGCUGGAAGCCGAAGUUAAGAAAGAGGAGAAGGAAGAGAAGCUGGACGGGGACGCGGCCCUGAACAAGUUUUUCCGUGAGAUCUACCAGGGUGCUGACGAGGACAUGAGGCGAGCCAUGAGCAAAUCCUUUGUGGAGUCGAACGGCACGGUGCUGUCGACGAACUGGAAAGAGGUGGGAACGAAGAAGGUGGAGAGCACUCCUCCUGACGGCAUGGAGCUCCGCAAAUGGGAGUAUUGAUAAUCAGCUCAUUUCCAACUCUGCUAGUGAUUUAUCCACUCUUUUCAGUUUCUGUAAUGAGUUUGAACUUUGAUUUCCAAGUCUGUGAGCGAUCUUUUUUGUUGUUGUCCCGAACCAUUUUUUUUAAAACCAAAUUGACAACCCUUUUGUGUAAUGAAUGCUGCUUUCAUGGCCGUUUGGCCUUUGUGUUU